AUGACGGAUCUUUGUAGGACGUGUGCAGUGCGUACUCAGCGCUCUGCCGUCAAUGCCCUCCGUCGCAGCACCCAGACCCGCUCCUUUACUGCCUCGUCCUCUGCGCAAAGAAACACCGCAACCCUGCCCACCUUCGCCGAAACUUCUUCUCCCGAACUCGACCAUGUGCUUCUUCAACUCCGCACCAAACACUUCAUCCCCGCCUACCUAAACAAACGCCAGCGCCACCUCAUCUUCGGCGACAAAUUCGCCCAAGAACUCCAAAACAACCCUGCAUACGCCACCCUCGGCGAAGAGGAAAUCCAACUCGUGCACAUUGACCGCCGCUCCGACAUUCCUGCUCGCAAACCCUUGAUUCUUAAGGCUUUAUCGCUGAUUGAAGAGAAUGGCGAAUGGAGACAAUUGCCCAGUCUGCUGGAGGGCUUGCACAAAGCUCGUCCGCAGCCGGAUUUGGCGCUGCAGGAAAAGAUACUCCGGAAGUUGCAGUUGGCGGAUCAGUUUGGAGUCAUUUUGCGUUCGUUGAGGAGGUCGGCUGCCACUGGACUCACACUCAAGAAUGAUGCAGUGUUAAACCAAGUCCUCAACGCUUUACGCGAAACCGCUUCGCUGGACAACUGGGACAAAGAGCGUUUGCAAAAGGCUUUGAAGCAAGCGGAUGAUCUGGCCGAAUUGCUCGAAUCCGCAGACCAUGGAUCUGGAAGAACACUAUCGCCUAAUGAUCCCAGGACACGUCCUGCAGUCAUUGGUCUCUUCCUCGAACUCCACGCCGUCUACGCUCAGCAAUACCAAAACGGCCAAGAUGUAAACGGAAAAGUCAAGGCCUACGCAACCCGCUUCAUGGCAACCUUCAACACAUCAAACCAACCCGCCGAGACCGACCUCCCCACCGUCGGCCCCCCAAUCGAAUUCCUCUCCAAAAUGUCCAUCUACCACGGUCUUUCCCUCGCCAUCAAGAUCCUCGGUACAGAAAUGCCCGAUGCCGCUCGCGCAAACACAAUCGUGCGGCAAUACGAGCAGAGAUUGAGUGCUCUUGCCGCCGCUCUGGAAAAGAGGGAUCCCGCGCCAAACAGUUUUGCAGCAUCAGCUCUGAAGGCUUGGGAGGGUUGUGUACGGUGA